AUGCUUCAUGAGCCGCAAAAUGAGGAGGGAGAUACAGUCCAUCGCUCAUUUAUCUCUUCACGGCUAGCCGCAUGCACCAGGAAGUUUGAAAAACAACUUGUUGAUUUCAGUCUCGAGACUCGCGGCAUCGAACGGGUUCAAGAGCACGAGCGAAUGACGAGACUAUCCUGGGUUUCGUAUCUACAGAUUUUCUUGCUGUGGGUGUCCAUCAAUCUAGCCGCCAAUAAUAUUACACUGGGCAUGCUGGGGCCUGCAGUGUACGGGCUUAGCUUCUUGGACUCGUCACUCUGUGCGGUUCUUGGAGCCCUCAUCGGUUCCACCCCGGCCGCUUGGAUGGCAACCUGGGGUCCUGCCUCUGGAAUCCGGACUAUGGCGUUUGGGCGUUAUACGAUGGGAUGGUGGCCUAGCAAACUCAUUGUUAUCCUAAACCUCAUCCAGAUGAUCGGCUACUGUUUGAUCAACUGCGUGGUCUGUGGGCAGAUCCUGUCUGCCGUGUCAUCGAAUGGAAGUAUGUCGGUGGCUGUUGGUAUCGUGAUUAUCGCUGUUAUAAGCUGGAUUGUGGCAACCUUUGGAAUUCGCGUAUUCCAUUACUAUGAACGAUUUGCUUUUCUUCCCCAGCUCAUUGUCAUGUGUAUCCUCUUUGGGGUGUCUUCUUCAAAAUUUGAUCUGUCCACAGUAUCUGUAGGGGAUCCUCGCACUGUAGUCGGCAACCGCCUAUCAUUUUUUUCCCUCUGCGUUAGUGCUGCAAUCACUUAUACCCCACUGGCAGCAGACUUCUUCGUUUACUACCCCGAGCGCACCUCUAAGCUUAAGCUCUUCUCCCUCUCUCUCCUGGGCCUAAAUAUCUCAUUCACUUUCGCCUUCCUAUGCGGCAUUGGGCUCGCAUCCGGAAUCACCGCGCACCCCGAAUAUGCCGCCGCCUACCUCCGCGGCCAAGGUGCCUUAAUUGUCGAGGGCUUUGGCCCUCUCCACACCUUUGGCAGCUUCUGCUCCGUUAUCACCGCCCUAGGUUUAAUCGCUAACGCCGUCGCACCAACUUACUCCGCCGGGGUUGACUUCCAAGUUCUCGGCCGUCACGCUGAAAAAGUACCCCGUGCGGUCUGGAACACCUUAGGUGUGGUGAUCUACACUGUUUGCGCACUUGCAGGACGCAGCCACCUCGCCGAGAUCUUCACCAAUUUCCUUGCCCUAAUGGGCUACUGGGUCGCGAUCUGGGUAGGCAUCAUUCUCGAGGAACGAUUCAUCUUCCGUGCCCGUAGCGGUUAUAACUGGGCUGCGUGGGACGAUCCGUCCAAGCAUCCUCUCGGGAUUGCGGCGCUUGUAGCGUUCUUGGUUGGUUGGGCCGGUGCGAUUCUCUGCAUGGCUCAGGUUUGGUAUAUAGGGCCUCUUGCGAAGUUGGUCGGUGAUUAUGGAGCUGACAUGGGUAACUAUGUUGGGUUCUCAUGGGCAGCGUUGAUUUAUCCACCUCUUCGGUACUUCGAACUCUCGCGCUUCGGUCGGUAA